GCCGGCAAAGAACGCACGACGCUGUUACGUCGCUUCGAAACAUACAAACAAUUUGAGUAAAGUCAAACUCUGAGCGAGCUGACAGACGAUCGUGUCAACACGACCCAUAGUUUUAUUUUAUAUGGGGUCUCAAAACACAAACUCAAUCCCGUAUUGAAAACACAUUCAGUCGAUUAGGGGCGUUUAAAUGAAACAGAACGCGCUACCGCAGAGACAUCGCAACAGACGUUUGUUGUUCGCCAUACAAACGUUUUAUUUAUAUAUUUUUCAUUGCAAAUGUUUUGAACUUUUAAUCAAAUGAUAAUUGAAAGAAAAUAAGAAAACAAAAUAAAUAUUACGAGAAACAUAACAACAAGCUAUGCAGAUACAAAACAAAAGCUUACACUUGAACGCAAAACUGAAUGCAAAUUUAAGAAAAAACAAAUAAGAGAACAAAUCAGAAGAAGAAGAAGAAGAUCGCUAAACAAAAUCAAUUAAAGGAAAGUGCAAUCAAUAACUGUUCAAUCAAUUGAUUGAUAAAAUGAUUAAGUGAAUGUUUGUGUGUAAUGAAAAUAACAACCGAGCAAAAAGAAAAGAAAAACAACAAACACUUUCUUCUGCUCUCAAUGAAGAAAUAUGGUCCACGAAGCUGACCUCUAACAACCGGCAUUUGCUAUCAAUCGUUUUCCCUCGUCGAAGGUUCUGCAUCCAUUCUCGAUACGCGACAAACCUCCGACACUCGGACUGUGUUCGAAACGAACAAAACAACACCGAGCCACCAAAUGUUUAACAAUUAAUCUGCAUUAAUUAAUGUCGAUUGAUUAAUUAAGAGAAAUAAAGUUUUUGAUUUUUCGGUUAUAUUUGUGUGCAGAGUUUGUGUCCCUCGGUUGAAAACCAGAAAUAACUAAUUCCGAGAAUGUUUCGAUUUUCGGUUUUCAUAUAUUAACGUUAUUUUUUGUGACGUUUAAAGAAGUAAACAAAAUAAACCAUAAUUUUAAUGGUCGUGUGUGUGCGUGUAUUCAUGCUAACAUACAUACAUGCAUAGCUGUAUCAGCCCGCGUCCAGUGUCAUUUGGAAGUUAAUUCGAGGCACGUUUCGAAUCAAAGAUUUCAUUGACGCCCAAAAGUAUUAUUGGAAUUGUGCUGAAAUUAAAACCGAAUUUUUAAUUCUGGUGACUGACAAUUAAGUAAAUACAAAUAUCCGAUGACAGCAAUUCGGGAGACAUGGAAUAAAUAUUUACAAUUACGAAUGUCGUUCUCAAGCGAGACUGGUGCAAGCGGCUUAUAAAAUCAGAGACUGAAAUUAAUUAUAAAAACACAACACACAAUUCCAACGGGUUGGAUUACUGGAGUAAAAAUACACUCAAACAACAACUGAAAAUAUGGAUGCACCUGUAUCGCAAAAUCAAACCAUCAAUGCCAGCAGAGUACAACAGACAUGCCAACGAGAAUAUUCUCCAAAGGAACAUUACCCAAUAAAUUUAAGAGGCAAACAUCGCAACAAAUGCCUAUGUUCAUCUUUGGAUGGGCACAACACUAGUCUGUCGUCAUCAACCUCAUCGUCAUCAUCAUCAAGUUGCUCUUCAUUAUCAUCAAUCGUACAAUCGUCACAAUUGAUGGCCAUAGAAGACGACAUGGAGGCUGUUCACCACGAAAUCGAAGACUUCAAUCAAAUCAAUUUAAAUACCAUAAAUUCGAAUAUAGCAACAAAUAACUCGAAUUACUGUUCUAUCAUGAAAACCACAACUAGCAACAGCCACACACAUCUCAAUACCUCCAAUUCCCCACUGUCCAUGGCCAUGGAUGCACUGGAAUAUUCAAUGGCUCAAUCUCCGCUCAAUAGAAGGCGUCACACCGCUUUGCCUCAAGCUUUAAUUAUGAAUCAACAACAUUUAUCAUUACUCGAAAAUAAAACUCAUAAAAUGGACUACAUCACGGACGGUUCGAAUGAAUACAAACCUAUUUUGCGCAAAGCCCUCUCAACACCCGCCUGUAAUAUUAUGAGUAUACAGAAUCCUUUAAAAAGUGACGUCACAAUCAUAACCAAUCACACAUCAACGUCAACACAACAUCACCAGCAACCCACGAAUGUCAAACAUCAGCCCUCGAAUCAAACAGUAUCGGCGAAUAAUAAUAUAAGCUCAUCUCAAAACAGAUUGACGGUAGCAGAAAGCAUUAUUACAUCUUCAACAUCCACAACAAUAACCACCUCCUCCUCACCCUCCCUACCAACUCAACGUUCGGGCUGUGCCCAUUAUAAACGAUCUUGUAUGUUUGUGACUCCAUGUUGCAAUAAAUUUUACAAAUGUCGUUUUUGCCACGACGAAAAUGAAUCUCAUCAUUUCGAUCGAAAAACUCUCACAGAACUGAUAUGCACUGAAUGCAAUACCCGACAAAAGGUUCAAGAUCGCUGUCAAAAUUGUGGAAUACUUUUUGGAAAAUAUACCUGUCUGAUAUGUAAUUUAUUUGAUGAUUCCGAUAAACAACAAUACCACUGCAGGCAGUGUGGUAUUUGUCGCAUAGGUGGUCGAGAUAAUUUUUUCCACUGUGAAGUCUGCGAUAUGUGUUUGCCCAUACAACUUAAGAUUGCAGGUCAUAGGUGUGUGGAGAAUAUAUCACGAUCCCAUUGUCCAGUCUGCUUGGGGGACAUACAUACCUCACGCAUUCCAUGUCACAUUCCUGACUGCGGCCAUUUACUGCAUAAAUUAUGUUUUGACCAACUAUUAGCCUCUGGCCAUUAUACAUGUCCAACGUGUCAGACGUCGCUAAUUGACAUGACAGCAUUGUGGGAAUAUUUAGAUGCUCAGGCGGAGUUGAUGCCAGUACCAAAAAAAUAUGAAAAUCAAAAAAUACACAUAUUCUGCAAUGACUGCCAUAAGACUUCGAAGACAAAAUUUCAUUACAUUGGCUUAAAAUGUGUACAUUGUGGGGCAUAUAAUACCACCCAGAAUGUUAAAAGACGCAUGUCUUUGGUAACAGAUGAACCCACAUCAGCAUGACAUUUGCUAAACUUCUUCUCACUUAAAUUAUAAAGGAGAUCUAUGACAUUUUCAAUGCACUUUUUGUUCGUUUGUUUGUCAUGGAGGGACUUAAACUUUUUGCAUGCACCUUACAAGUGCUAUUUGUGCAGAUGACUUUAAAAGGCUUGCCAUUUUAUGAUGGAAUUAUUAUCUUUAUCUUGCUAUAGAAUUUAAUUUGUAUUCAUUUUCAUGUUAUUCUUUCCCCUUUUUAUAUUUGCAUUUAUAUUUAAUUAAAACAAUAAACAAAAUAAUUCGAGCUGGUAUCGAA